GAAGGACGCGGUGGGAUGCGGCGGCCGGGGUGGGCGCCGCUGGCGCUAUGCUGCUGGGCGGCCCUGUGGGCUGUGGCGCGGGGCUCCGAGGACAUCGUGGUGGGCUGCGGGGGCUUCGUCAAGUCCGACGUGGAGAUCAACUAUUCGCUGAUCGAGAUUAAGCUGUACACGAAACACGGGACCCUGAAAUACCAAACGGACUGCGCUCCAAACAAUGGAUAUUUCAUGAUUCCUCUGUACGAUAAGGGGGAUUUUGUCCUUAAAAUUGAGCCUCCCCUAGGGUGGACGUUUGAGCCGACAAGUGUGGACAUCCAUGUUGAUGGCAUCAAUGACAUUUGCACUAAAGGAGGCGAUAUCAACUUUGUGUUUACGGGUUUCUCUGUAAAUGGGAAGGUUCUCAGCAAAGGUCAAACACUGGGUCCCGCUGGAGUUCUUGUGGCCCUGCGGAAUCCUGGGUCAGAGGUGAACCUACAAGCCACGGCCACUCAGCCUGGAGGAAAGUAUGCCUUUUCUAAAGUGCUCCCAGGAGAAUAUGAAAUCUUUGCUUCUCAUCCUACCUGGGCGCUGAAAGAGGCCAGCACAACCGUACGAGUCACCAGCUCCAACGCUUUGGCUUCCAACCCUCUGAUCGUGGCCGGUUACAACGUUUCCGGAUCUGUCCGAAGCGACGGGGAGCCCAUGAAAGGGGUCAUGUUCCUCCUGUUCUCCUCUUCGGUGACCAAGGAGGACAUCAUGGGCUGCAACACCUCCCCGGUCGACAGCUUUCCAGUCCGAGAUGACUCCCUUGCCUACCUCUGCAGCGUCAUCUCCAAAGAGGACGGCUCCUUUACCUUCCUGUCUUUGCCCAGCGGGAAAUACACGGUGGUGCCCUUUUACAGGGGGGAAAGAAUUACAUUUGAUGUCGCUCCGUCUAGAUUGGACUUUACAGUGGAGCAUGAUAGUUUAAAGAUUGAGCCCGUCUUCCAUGUCAUGGGCUUCUCGGUCACGGGGAGAGUGUUGAAUAGUCCCGAAGGCGAAGGCGUUGCGGAUGCUACCGUGAUGUUGAAUAGUCAGAUUAAAGUUACCACAAAGUCCGACGGCUCCUUCCGCCUUGAAAACAUAACCACCGGCACGUACACCAUUCACGCCCAGAAGGAGCACCUGUUCUUUGAGACCAUUACGGUGAAAAUUGCCCCCAACACUCCCCAACUGGCUGACAUCGUAGUGACGGAGUUCAGUGUCUGUGGACAGGUCUCCGUAUCCCGCUUCCCGGACUCCGUCAAGCAGUUCAGCAAGUACAAGGUGACCAUGUGGCCGCAAGACAGGGACAAGGCGCUGUUGGUUACUACUGAAACUGACACCCGCGGGGCGUUUUGCUUCAAGGCAAAAUCUGGUGCAUAUGUCAUUCAGGCCAUCGUUCCUGAGGCAGAAGCCAGAGCAGGUCUUGCUUUGAAGCCGAAAACUUUUCCCGUGACUGUUGCCUCCAAGCCCGUCCUGGAUGUGACCUUCUCCCAAUUCCUGGCUUCCAUUUCGGGGAAAAUAACUUGCUUGGAUGCUUGCGGUGACCUGACGGUGACUCUACAGUCCUUGAAUCGGCAGGGAGAGAAGAGCAGCCUCCAACUCGCGUCCAAGUCUAACUCUCUGACGUUCCUGUUCGAGAACGUCUUGCCGGGCAAAUACAAAAUGAGCAUUAUCCGCGAAGACUGGUGCUGGAAGAAUAAAUCCUUGGAGCUUGAGGUUAUGGAAGAAGAUGUCUCGGGGGUCGAGUUCCGUCAGACGGGAUAUAUGCUGCGGUGUUCCCUUUCGCACGCGAUUACCUUGGAGUUUUACCAGGAUGGAAACGGGCCAGAGAAUGUUGGCGUUUACAACCUGUCCAAAGGAGUAAACAGAUUCUGUCUUUCUAAGCCUGGUGUGUAUGAAGUCACACCCCGUUCCUGUCACCGCUUUGAACACGAGUACUACACCUACGACACGUCUGCUCCGAGCAUCCUAACACUGACUGCAAUUCGGCACCACGUGCUUGGAACGAUAACGGCGGAUAAACUGAUGGACGUGAUGGUUACCAUUAAAUCCUCGAUCGACAGCGAACCCGACUUGGUGCUCGGCCCGCUGAAGUCGCAGCAGGAGCUGCGUCGGGAGCAGCAGCUGGCCGAAAUCGAGUCCCGCAGGCAGGAGAGGGAGAAGAAAGGGCCGGAAGAAGAAGGGUCCAAGCCUCCGGUACAGGAAAUGGUGGAGGAGCUGCAAGGCCCUUUCCAUUACGACUUCUCCUACUGGGCCAGGUCCGGGGAGAAAAUCACCGUCACCCCGUCCUCGAAAGAGCUUCUUUUCUACCCUCCUUCCAUAGAAACGGUGGUCAGUGGAGAGAGCUGCCCUGGGAAGUUGAUAGAAAUACACGGAAAAGCGGGUUUGUUCCUGGAAGGAACGAUCCACCCCGAAUUGGAAGGUGUCGAGAUCGUCAUUGGCGAGAAAGGAGCGCCCUCGCCCCUGAUCACCGUCUUCACGGAUGACAAAGGUUCCUACAGCGUGGGGCCGCUCCACAGCGACCUGGAAUACACCGUCACCGCCCAAAAGGAAGGGUUCGUUUUGAGUGCUGUGGAAGGGACCGUCGGGGACUUCAAAGCUUUUGCUCUUGCCGGAGUCACUUUCGAGAUUAAAUCUGAAGACGACCAUCCCCUGGCGGGGGUCCUCCUCUCCCUGAGCGGAGGCGUCUUCCGCUCCAACCUCCUGACUCAAGACAAUGGCAUGCUGAUGUUCUCCAACCUGAGUCCGGGCCAGUAUUACUUCAAGCCCAUGAUGAAGGAAUUCCGCUUCGAACCCUCGUCUCAAAUGAUCCAAGUGCAGGAAGGACAGAAUCUGAAAAUCACUAUUAUUGGUUACAGGACGGCAUACAGCUGUUACGGAACCGUUUCUUCUUUGAAUGGAGAACCUGAACAAGGGGUUUCGGUGGAAGCCGUGGGGCAAGGAGAGUGCCACGUGUACGGAGAAGACACCGUCACGGACGAAGAGGGCAAGUUCAGGCUGCGUGGGUUGCUGCCUUCUUGUGUGUAUCACAUCCAGCUGAAAGCUGAAGGCAACGAUCACAUCGAACGAGCCCUCCCGCAGCAUUCUGCCAUCGAGGUUGGCAGCCGUGACAUUGAGGAUGUGAAUAUUAUCGCUUUCAGACAAAUCAACCAGUUUGACCUAAGCGGGAAUGUGGUCACGUCUUCGGAGCACCUCCCCACCUUAUGGGUGAAGCUUUACAAAAGUGAAAACCUCGACAACCCAGUUCACACCGUCUCUUUGGGCCAGUCUUUAUUCUUCCAUUUCCCUCCGCUACUCCGGGAUGGAGAGAAUUACAUGGUGCUUUUGGACUCGACGCUCUCCAAAUCGCAGUACGACUACACCCUGCCCCAAAUUUCGUUCGCUACCGUCGGGUACCACAAACACAUCACGUUGCUUUUCAAUCCUACGAGAAAGCUGCCUGAACAGGAUAUCGCGCAAGGAUCUUACAUCGCCUUGCCGUUGACGCUGCUGCUUCUAUUGGCUGGGUACAACCACGAUAAGCUCAUUCCCUUGCUGCUCCAGCUGACCAGCCGCCUCCAAGGGGUGCGCACUCUCGGCCAGGCGGGCUCUGACGCGGGCAGCCUCGAGGACAUGAAGAGGCAAGCCAAGAAGCAGAAGACGAGGCGGACGUGAGGCAUGGAACGGUCUCGCGUCAAGGUGGAAUUGUGGCGUUUUUGACCAGCAUAGCUGCUAAACGUGACCCCAGGACCUGGGGAAGGCGUUAGUUUACACUUGAGCCGUCGACUCAGAUUACUUCCACUCAGGAGAGACUGGUGCUUUCCAUGUCAGUGGGGCGGCGAAUCCACUCCGGGUUUUAUUCAGAACCAGUCAGGACUCUGAAGGAGCUAUCCAAGCUGAGGAAGCACCUUGAUUAGCGCCUUUGGAGUUCUGGCUGAAACCCGGAACGGAUUCCCUGCCCUACUGACACCGGAGCCGGCAGCCUCAGCUGGUUCCAUCAUGGGUAUGAAUUCGACACGGCAUCGAGCAAAUGUCGCCGCCGUUUAAAAAGAAUGACCCAACCAGCUCUUGUCACGGAGAACACUUUUCCACAGGGGUGUUGGGAUAACAUUGUUGUCGGAGGAUCUUUUGAUACUUUUCUUCGUUGGGGGUUUGCAAGAACCAUGGCCGAUAAAGUUUGGUUUCACCUC